GUAUUAUUUUAAUUAGUGAGCGUGCGUCUGAUCACGGGAGCAGACAGGAGGUUAAAUAAAACUCUUCAGACAGACGAACAGUAACUCAUGUCAUACGCAUCCACGUUUAGCCUCAAUGACACGACGCAGACGGGUUAUUUUGAGGUGUUGCAGGCAGUGUGUCAGACCUCACAGGACACCGUAGUGUUUGAAAUGAAUUAAUCAAUUACUCGAUCAAAUGAAAACUAAUCAGCAACUGUUUAAAUGAUCAAUUAAUGGUUUAGGUUUUAUUUCAAGCAAAAAUGCCCAAACUGAUAAUUCCAGGUUCUCAAAUGUGAGGAUUUGCUGCGUUCACUGGUUUUAUGUUGUCGUAAAUUUAAUGUUUCUGGAUUUGGAAAUGUUGGUUGGACAAAAUGAUGAAGUCAUUUCAGCUCCUGGAUCUUGUAACAGGCUUUUCUCAAUGUUUAAUUAAGAAAAUCGAGAAAAUAAUCUACAGAUUAAUCAGUAAGGAACGUCAUCGUGAGCUGCUGCCCUACAAAUAUUGCUAAACAUGGUUAACAGGAAAUUUCAAGGUCUGCUUCUGUUCUAUCGUAGGGUCGGACUAAUUUAAACGAGUUCACUUUCAGUCAAUUAUUCUGUCUGUAAAAUGUCUGAAAACAGAGAAAAAUGAUCCCGGAGUGCAAGGUGACGUCUCCAAAAACUAUUUUUGUAUUUGGCACAGUCAAAAAUCCAAAUAUAUGAAAUUUUACGAUGAUAUUUUAAAAAAGAGAAGAGCAGGAAAUCCUCACAAUACUGAGUUCCUGUCAGUGGCGUUUCUGCAAUUAUUACUGCAUUGACCCUGAACAACAUCACCAGGAGACACGUAUAAAGCUCAGAGCUUUACAAGAGCUGUAUAAUGUUUAAUACCAACAUUAUUGAUUUAUCUUUAUCAAAAUGAAAAGGUGAUCAAAGUUUACAGUCCUGCAGAGUGCAUGAUGUCCAUUCAUCUUUUAAUACAGACGUUUAAAGACUUCACUUUGGAUUCUGUUUAGAGAGGAUGAUGACUGUUGAUUACAUGAGCUGGUGAACCCUGUAACACCAAACACCCACUGCUGCCAUUAUUGUUUUACAGUUUUUAAACUUACCUUUUUUAGUUAAACAUGUACGUACCAUCUGUGUCACUGUCCUACAUGUUGUAUAUAAUGUAUAUGUCUACAUGCACAUACUGUACAUUAUCAUUCAGAUAUGUUUAUCCAUUCACUAUUUAUUUCUUUGCAAUAUUUGCAUAGAUAAAAACUUAAAGAAAACUUGCCUUGUAGAACAUUUUUUUUUUAUUUAACUGUUGGCCACUGGUGCUGCAUAUACAUAUAUUAAUAUGUUACAUAUGAUUUUUGAUGAUUAACACGUCAGUAUUGGUUGUAGCGACUGCAGGAAACACUACAGUGGCUGAGAGGCCGAGGCUGGGCCUGCUUAACUAUUAACACUAUUUAAAAUAUAAAAGUGACGCACACCAAAAAAUAUAAUGACUUAAUGAAUUAUAAUGAAUUAUAAUGUGCCACACUCUGGCUCCAUUUGCUUUUCUUCUAUUUCUACGCGUUAUGUUUCGGCCUUUGGGCCUUCUUCAAGAUCAACAAGCAAGAUCAACACCUUCUUACAGAAGGCCCGGAGGCUGAAACGUCAUCGAAAUAUAAGAAAUGCACAUAGAACCAAAGUGUGCGACACCUGUAUUCUACAAUUGUAACUUGUCUGACACACCAAAAAAAAAGAUUUGCUGCGACCACGAACGAGGACAACAGGUCUAAGUCAAGUAGAAUGAAAAUAAGGUCAAGUUAACCCAAAAUGUGAUGUCCUCACAUGAGGUCACAGGGUGUCAGAAGGAUAAUACAGACACUGAAAAGUACUGUAUUUCAUGUCUCCAUCUGCUGGUGGGCCAUCACGAUAAGAGUUUAUACAUAUAAUAUGAUGUUAAUUCACUACAGGAGUCUUUAUGAUUGCUAAAAUUAAGUGGAGAAAAAAGUGGAUAUAUUGAUAUCGGCCAAAUGAGUUGUUAUAUACUGGGAUAUCGUCAAAAAAUCUAAUAUCGUGCAUCCCUAGUUUUACCACAUACAUAUGCACAUCUUUAGUCCUGUUAAUUCUUUAUCUUUAUAUUUCCAGCUUUAUGGUUCCUGUUUUUAUUUGUUAUGUCUAUUUUAGUGUGUGUACAUGAAAGCAAUGUGAUAAAAGGGAUCCAGUUCCUGACAUGUGUACAAAUGGUGGCUGAUAAAGGUGAUUCUGACACCAAUAUUAUUUUGUUCCUCCCUAAAUACAUAUUGUUACUCAGUUCACUGGUUUUUUUGUUCAUCCAGGAUUAGAAAUUAGCACCAGUCACAAGACAAAUGCCAGGAGAACAUACAAGUGGCUGCUAGACUAGCUUCAUCCUCCAGCCAAAAAAAAAGAAGGUAAUCUGGAACCCUAGACUAAAAAGUUAACUCCCAUCCUGCUAAUAUGGGAUUAUUUACCCCAAAUACAACUCAUUCAGUGCCUGAGGCUUUCAGUCUUUGUCUUGCAUUCAUUCUGUUCACAAGGAACCAAAAUUAAUCAUCACCACAUUCAUUAGAUGAUCACCUGCAGCCUCUCUGUGACAUUAUUUAAACCUGUUAUAUGUUGUGACGACAUUUUAAAGGUCGAUGAUGCAGGAAAGCCACCGGACGAGUUAUCUUCAUGGUGCAACAACCCUGAAGUGACGUCUGAAAGCUGAGAGGCUUGUCAGGCAACCGUACUUUGCAGUUUGGCUAACUCACCAACAAACCCGGUUGACUCUGUAACUUUAACCCGAGGAGCGAUGUCCGGUCCUGUGACGGACACGAGCCGGGCUCCGGUGGCCUUCGGCCUGCGGGCCGUCCCUCAGCUGUUUGAGGAGCUGCAGCAGCAGGAGGUGGGGAGGAAGAGGAGGAGGAGGAGGCAGCGGGCCCUGAACUCACUCUGUGACCUGAUGCACGACCCGGAGAGGAUCUACCAGGCCGUUACCGGAGGUUUUCUGGAGCAGUUGAAGGUUUUGUUUGAGGAUGAAGAUCCAUCAGUCAGGACAAAAACCUGUGAGCUGCUUCACCUGCUGAGCGCCCACAGCAUCGGCAGACAGGCCCUGCUCUCCUCCUCCCUCCUCCCUGCUCUGUCUCAGCUGUUGGACGACUCCUCGUCCUCCUGCAGGCUGAACGCCCUCCGAGUGUUGCACCGCCUCACUCUGCUGCCUGCAGGUGCAGAAGCUCUCCUGACUCUGGUUCCUACACUGAUGCUGAAGCUCAGAGAGGUGAAGGAGGAGGAGGAAGAGGAGGUGCAGGUGCAGGUGCUGCUCCUCUCCACCCUCAGCUCCUGCUCCAGGCUGGACCCUCGACCGGCUCUGGCCUCUGACGGUGUCUCUGUGCUGGGCCACAAACUCUCCCACCGCUCCCCGAACAUCCGCAGAGAAGCGGCUGCCGCCAUGAUGGCCCUCAGUGUUUGUGAUGACGGGAAGCGGCGGGUGUGUGAGGAGGCGGUACUUCCUGCCGUGGUCAACCUGCUGCAGGACGACGACGUCGAGGUUCAGGCCUACGCUGCAGGAGUCAUCAUGUACACCGUCAUCAUCAUCACAGGUAAGCAGCGGUGUCUGGAUCUGAACGUCGUCCCCGUCCUCCUCGCCCUGGUGUCCAACAGUGAAGAGGAGGAGGAGGAUAAGGAGAGGAGGAAGAGGAGGAAGGCCCUCGUCAUGUACUCCCUGCGGGCUCUGACCGCGCUGGCUGAAGCUCCGGAUGGCCGCCGCCUCCUGCUGGAGCAGCUCCCCCUGCUGGUGAGGAGGAGCGAGGCUGCAGAGGAGGACCAGGACAUCCGGCGGGCCGCUCAGACCGCCGUCAGGGUCGUCACCUGGACUCCCUGAGAGGACGGAGACAGAACUGCGGGGUCAACAUCAGCUGAUCACAGAAUAAAUACUGUAAAUAUUCUGAUUAAUUGAAUAAUCAUUUUAUUAGUAGUAGUAUCAAUUACAUUUUACAGGAUGUGUGUAAUGUAAAUAUUCAUGAUUAUUAUUAUAUUAUCUUCACCACAUGAGGAGCAGUGUGGAGCUGAAAAUGGAGCUGAAAAUGGAAACGGAAUUUUUUUGCCAGUUAUAAUCACGUUUUUAACAAAUAAUGCAACAUUUAGGAAGAAUGACGUUUCCUGUUUACAUUUUUUUAAAUAUAAAAAUCUCUACUGACAUUAUUUAUUUUAAUUUAUUUCAUUUGGAUCAUCAGCAGUGAUCUCGUGUCCCCCACAGAAAAACAACAACAAUAAAAAUGAACAGUUUAAAAUCACACAGCAUCAAUAAAACAAGAAAAGACAACAUGUGUAAAACUUACUGACAGUGAAAUGAAAAUAUUGACACCAAAUAUAAUUAUUAAUUGUAUUUUUUAUAAUAAGAAAUGACACGGAUUUUAUCUGAACAACAAAAAGUUGAAU